AUGGCUGAAAUUAUGAAUGGAAAAGGUGAAACAACAAUCGCAAAUCCAUUAGAUUUGUUAAGUAGUGAUGAAGAUGUUGGAAAAAAUGAUGAAACAUCAACUUCAUUGGAAGAUGGUGAUGCUUUGGACGAAAGAACUCAUCGUACCGAAGAAAUUAAUGUUGAUCUGUCGAAAGAUAAUAGUCUAAUUGUUGAUAUUUCGGAUGCACUUUCUGAAAAAGAUAAGGUGAAAUAUACUGUUCAUACAAGGACAACACUUUUGGAUUUUUCAAAAAAUGAAGUCAGCGUUGUACGAGAACAUGAGGAAUUUAUUUGGUUGCAUACAUGUUUAGAAGAAAAUGAAGCAUAUGCAGGUUUUAUUAUUCCUCCAGCACCACCACGACCGGAUUUCGAUGCAUCACGUGAAAAACUUCAAAGAUUAGGUGAAGGUGAAUCAACGAUGACUAAAGAUGAAUUUCUCAAAAUGAAACAAGAAUUGGAGCAAGAAUAUCUUGCAACAUUCAAGAAGACGGUUGCCAUGCAUGAGGUGUUUCUUUGUCGUCUUGCGGCACAUCCGGUUUUAAGGAAUGAUCCUAAUUUCCGAAUCUUCUUAGAAUAUGAACAAGAUCUUUCGGUUCGUUCAAGAAAUAAAAAGGAACUUGUUGGAUCGUUUUGGAAACGAUUAACACAAUCUGCCGACGAAGUAUUACUGUCAGGGCAGAAAGAUGUCGAUGAUUUCUUUGAACAUGAGCGGAACUAUUUGGUUGAGUAUUAUACUCAUGUUAAGGAAGCUUCAUCAAGAUGUGACAGAAUUUCACGACUUCGUAAAAACAUAGCUGAUUCAUAUGCACGAAUUGGUUCAUGUCUUGAAAAAAUGGCGCUGCAGGAGUUGGAUCGUGACCUGCAAAAAGAUUUGGUACGAAGGUCACUCACUUUCGAAAAACUAAAGAAACAUGAGAGUCGAGUAGCGACUGAUGAGGAAUUAAAAUUGGGUGAUACUCUUCAAUACUAUAUGAAAGAUACAGAUGCAGCUAAGGACCUUCUGUAUCGUAGGAUGCGUUGUUUGGCAAACUAUGAAGGAGCAAACAAAACUUUAGAGCGUGCUAGGGGACGCAAUAAAGAUAUACCACGGGCGGAAGCGGAGCAAAGUGAAGCUUGCAAGAAAUUUGAAGAUAUUAGUGAAGUUGCAAAAGGCGAAUUGUUGGAUUUGAAGAAGAGACGAUUGACUGCGUUCAAGAAGAAUUUAACCGAUCUGGCUGAUCUUCAGAUUAAACAUGCUAAGGCACAAAUAGCUUUAUUGGAACAAGCAUUGGAUACGCAAUGA